AUGUCUAUUACCACGGAACUCGCAAAUUCGGUACCCACAAGCCCCGAUGAAUACCAGGGGUGGCUUCAACAUAUGCGUGAUGAGUAUUCCGACAUCGCCAAGACCUUUGAAGAAGGUCUCUUUACCAUAUCAAUGGACGAAUUUGUCGACAAGCCUGGUUGUGAAGAUACCGCUACAGCGCAUGUCAGCGACAAAGAAAGGGCCCUCGGGGAUCUGAAACCAGUAUUAUCAACAGGCUAUUAUAUGCCUCCCCCGAGCGAGUUUGAUAUUAGUGAGGCCUACAUCUUCGACCUUGACAGAGAGAUUUUCGGAAUCCACAAUUACGGUUUCUAUCACAUGUCCCAGAUACCUCGCCCUUUCCCGAGCCUCUUGUACCAAGCCCGAAAUUACUGGCUAGUUAAGGUCAGAUAUUCUGGGACUCCCAGGUGUAUCACGACCGACGAUGUGCAGUCAAUCCCACUAACCCAUGAUCCAACCCUGGCUUUCUCGCAAUUGAAGCCGACCACGGUCAUCCCAAAGAAGGAUUCAAAGUUAAGCCAUAUGCCAUGUUUUGUGGCUUUCAAACGGCUUUAUGAGCUCUUCAUCAAAAGGUACAAUGACGAGCUACGCGAGGCCCAAGACUGCUGUGUCGAAUCGGAUUUUUUGUUUAAGGAGCUGGUCUUCGCCUUUCUCUGUUUCACUUCUUGCUCCCCAGAGUGGCUUCGGAUCGUGUCAGGUCCAGACAUACUGCACAAGGCAAGUAAUAGGUGGGAGAGCUGGGCUUAUGGAGCCAUACUCGAUAACGAGUCCCGAAAACCCAAGGAGUUUACCACAAUUUUUCUCCGAGGGUUUCACGUAGAAGGUAGGGAAGCGGGAAGCGCACCGAAGUCCACUUCAUACUGGUUCUCAGGAGUCCUCGUGUACCUGAGGCGUGAUAUAACCUCACGUGGAAAGUUCCAAGAUGCGAUCGUAUCGGCAGUCGAGAGGGGGAAAGCUGAUGGGCAGACGCAUUUCCAUGCCAUCAUUAUAUCUCUCAAGCACUUCAUUCUGCUCAAGUUCGCUGAUGGAAGUGUCCAACAUACCAAGCGAUUUAAUGUCAAUGAGCGCCCUGGGCGUAUUAAAGAGAAAGACCUUCCUUCGACAAGCGAUGUUGCUCAAGAUGAUCCCGACCAUGAUUGGUCCGAGAACGCCGACGUUGCCGUCUUCGACAUAAUGGCUCAUUUCUUUGAUGCUGUGCAAAACGAGGGGCUGAAGCCGACCACGAUGCAUAAUGAGGGGGUAUUCCCGAAUGAAGUGUAUCAAAGAAUCAUACACCAUGCGGAUCUGCAGACCAACACUGCAUGCCACAAGGUCUCCCGAGUUUUUCGAGACAUUGCUUCGAAGACAUUCAUCAUGAGAGGUGGGCUGAAACUAGUUUACCGCGCUGGGAAAGAGCCCGAAUGUUUCAGCGACACUCUUGGUUCUGUAGGUCGCUUUAGCCCGAAGAUCUCAUACAAAUCCCCUUUCACGACCUGGGGAAUAUUCCCAUAUAGACGUGAGCCGAGGACAGAGACCAUUAUGUGGAUUCCUGUCUUUGGAAAGCCUGAUGGUUCUGCCAGCGCGGCUCCAAACAUCGUCCUAGAACUUCCUUCAAAAGGACCCUCGAGCGGUUUCAUCCCAAAUCGCCCCAGUCGAAGACGCACGUUUGUAGUUGAUUAA